AUGGCGACUUUCGUUUCUCUUUUCGGUUCGUCCCGCGCCCACACUGCUGACACCGGCCUAACAGCGACAGCUGCUCCUCGAUUCAAGACGCACUUAAAGUCGGCAAACGAGCAGACGUAUUACCUGAUGGUACGGCGUACUGCGCUAAAGAAACUUCUGCUAAAGGAUUUCAUGGAAGAGGAUUGUGAACUGAGGAAUAUUGGACUCGCCUACGCUCCUUCGGAUCCUUGA